AUGAUAAAACUAAAGAAGAAAAACCGCGAAAAACAGCACCCGAAGGCAGCCCGGGGUGCCCAUACACCCGAAGAUGCAGAAACAGGGAAGCGGCACCGUUUGCAAGUAGAUUCUGCCUCUGUCUCGCAGGAUAUGGGGAUUAAGAAGAAAGCUAAGACUUCUUCUUCUUCUUUUCCCUCUGCAUGCAGCAAAGAAGCCUCUAAGACGGCUUCCACUGCAGGUACAGCUACCGAGAAUAUUAGUCUUAACGGAGGUGUUGUUGAUUGCGAAAGACUGCGAAGAGCUAUUGGAGCGCUCUGUCGUCACGUGCAAAAGAAGCAAAAAGAAGAAGAGAUUCAAGAUCUCCUUGCUAAUAGCGGAGGCCCCAUGGUUUCUUUGAUGUUUUCUCUGCAAAAUGUUCCUGAAGGCCAGCGCAUAUACCCCCAUCUUAUCCCUCACGAUGCUUCAGGCGAGGUGUGUUUGAUUGUAAAGGACCCGCAGCGGAAGUGGAAGGACAUAGUUGCAGCAGCGCAGCCUUCUUUAUCUUUUAUAAAGAAAGUAAUUUCUUAUAAAAAGCUGUCAAAGAAAUUUCCUCAGUUUGCAGAUAAACGAAGCCUCUGCAGCGCCUACGAUCUCUUUCUAGUCGAUUCAAAAGUCAAAGAAAAGGCUGCCCUUGCCUAUACGUGUGGGGCCCUCAACAAUAGAAAGAGAAGCAAAGAAAGCGCAUAG